CAGUUCUAGCGUUUACAGCAAGGUUCGUAGGCAUGGGCGAGCACCAAGUUGGAUUAGAGACUCUCGGAAAAGCCAUAGAACUUGGUCACUCUUCUUCGGAGCACGGAUUCAUACAGCUUGCUUCCGCGGUCCUGCGCUGCAGUGCCGGGGAUGGAAAAUCCUACCACGCGACUGCCGGCAUAGUAGCCCGACUCUUAGAACUCGGUGUGUCUCUUGACACCCAACUCUACAAUAUCAUCAUUCACAACGCCGUUGAAGCCCGAGACUACCAGACCGCCUGGCGCAUCUACGACCUCCUAGAGUCAGGUGAAGCUGGUGUGAAGCCCGAUGGCUAUACCCUUGGCAUCCUUCUUUGGGGACUCAAACAUGACGAGAAUCCAUCCAAGCAUCAAGACUUUGCGGAUUUCUGUGCGGAACGUGCAUACGAGUGGAAAGACAAGUGGCUCGCAACCGAAUACCUACACUACAUGUACGUCUGCUAUGAAGGAGACGGCGCUCAAGACACUAUCCGCAUUCUCCGGAGCAAAUACAGCCACUUCUUCGACCUCCAACCGCUCAUCGACCUGAACAUAUUCCCACGCGGCGUCCCCUCUCAGCCGGGCUGUAUGCCGCCCUCUCUACCUGCUCUCUUCAUCAUGAUCACCUCCUACCUUCAUUCCUCGCAGCAGCUCAACGACGGCAGCAUCUACGACCUGUACAUUCGAUUCCGAGCCCUCGUCUGCGCCGGCCACCCCAUCAUCGGCCCCCUCGCCGAAACAACCCAGACCCACAACGCCUUCCUCCUCGCCUUCUGCGACCGCCCGACUCUCAUCAAAUUCGCGCCUAUGAUCAUCCGCGACAUGGCCUCCGAACUCCCCGGCUCCGCCAGACAUGCCACCGAGAACCGCCCUCUCAGACAAGCCGCCCCGAACGCAAUCACCUGGAACAUUUUCAGCCACGGCUUCGUGAAAGCCGGCCAGAUGGCCGCCGCGGAGAAGGUCGUCGAGCUCAUGCGCAAGCGCAACAUAGAGUCAAAUGAGAUCACGUGGGGGACGCUGUUGAAUGGGUACGCGGCGGCGCAGAAUGUGGAGAAGGUCGCGGAGGUGUAUGGGAAGAUGAAGCGGAUGCCGGUGGAGCUGCGGGCGAAGGCACCGGAGCUGGAGGCUGGGUAUACGAUGACGGCGUUGGGAAAGAUUAGGAAUCGAGCGGAGUUGAUUAGGGCGCUGAGGGGGGAGGUGGAGAAGGAUGGGGAUGAGGGGGUGGUGGAAGAUGACUGGAGCUCUGCGUCGCCGAUGUUUCAUCCUACCGGGCGUGGAGAGUCGAGUGGGGAUAGGAAGGAUGCCCUGGUGGACGAUGUCCGUCGACCCGAAUAUGAUGGACAUUAUGGCGAGAUACAUGAUGCUGUAUCUGGUUGGGUCAAGACGUAACAGGGGCCUUUUAGGAAUACAGGUUGAUAAGAACCCAGCCUGCGGAAAUGCUCUUGGAAUAGUCGAGUAUAUAUCACAUACCCCCUUCGUGUAUCUCACUGUACAGUACGCCUCUUUUUCUCUAUUGCACAUUUUGUAGACAUAGCGUGGAAGCUAUUGCAUAUACCAUUCUGUAAGAACAGAUAGUCGAAUGUUAUGCAUAUCAGACUCUCAC